AUGGCAGAACCCGUUCUCUCUGAAGAGGAGGAGGAGGAGGUAUUCUGGGAGGCCAUGGCCGGAGAAGCAAAGGGAGGGUGCGGCCGAGCAGUUGAUGCCCAGACAUCCCAGUCAGACCUAUUGGAGAGUUAUAAAGUUGAAGUCAUUGUCAUGGACGAUACAAAUUCAGCUUCGAUGAUUGUAUUUGGGAAAGAAGCUGAAAGGAUGCUAGAUAUUCCUGUAGAAGUAUUAAUUCAAACAGUCCAAAACAGGGGAGAAGAACUUGUGGAGUAUCCUAUGGAACUUGAGGGGUUAAUUGAUCGAAGAAUGUUAUUCAAAAUUGCUAUCAAGGGUGAUAAUGUUGCCAAUGAAGAUCAUAAAACGUACAAUGUCCAAAAAGUUUGCACAGAUGAUGCUAUCAUUGCUUCAUUUUUUAAGCAUUACGAAAUGGAUGCGAAACAUGAUAAUGGUUCAUCGUCGCUGAGUGUCAAUUAUGACAACGAUGGGUGUAUCUUCUCAUCAAAGGACUCUGGAACGUGUUCUAAUUUUAACGAUGGCGUUGUGGAUGGUGAUAUCACAACUAAUGCUAUUGUGGAUGAUGAUGUCAACGCUAUUACUCCAAUGAAGCGAUCCAACGAUUAUGUAUGCACAAUAGAAUUUCAGAAACGAGGUCUACCGCAUGCACAUAUUUUAUUGUGGUUACAUAAUGACGACAAGCCCAAGAAUCCAGAAGAAAUUGACAGGAUCAUAUGUGCUGAAAUUCCUGACGAAGAAAACGACAGAAAGAUGUACCAGUUGGUGGAGAAGUAUAUGAUACAUGGACCGUGCGGUCAGGCGAAUUUGAAAUCUCCAUGUAUGAAAGAUAGAGUUUGCACGAAGCGAUUUCCAAAGCCGUUUGUGCAGCGCACUGAAUCAGAUGCAGAUGGGUUUACAGUGUAUAGGAAAAGGGAAGAUGGCAGAACAGUUACGAAGAAGAAGACUACUCUUGAUAAUGGGUUUGUGGUCCCCUACAAUCGUAUAUUGUUGAGUAAAUACCGAGCUCACAUUAAUAUCGAGCUAUGCAACCAAAACAAGUCAAUUAAAUACCUGUUCAAAUACGUAAACAAGGGGCAUGAACGAGUCACAACGGCAUUUUAUGAGACACGCAAUACAGAUGGCGGUGCUGAGAUUCGUGAUGAGAUAAAGAUGUACUACGACUGCAGAUAUCUUUCGGCGUGUGAGGCAAUGUGGAGGUUGUUUAACUUUGAUAUUCAUUACAGAGACCCAUCCGUAAUUAAGCUAAGCUUUCAUCUCCCCGAUCAUCAGCCAAUUGUCUUCAAUGAAAACCAGUCGUUACAAAGUGUGUUGGAUAGGCCAUCUGCCAAGCAAACUAUGUUCCUGGCGUGGUUUGAGGCCAACAAGAACUAUCCACAUGCAAGGGACUUGAGGUACGGAGAUUUUCCACAACAAUUUGUGUAUAAAGAGGAUUCUCGAACUUGGGUGCCAAGGAAAAAAGGAUUUUCUAUCGGUAGGAUUGCGAAUGUUCCCCCUGGAAAGGGGGAAGACUAUUACCUUAGGUUGUUACUUAACAUUCAAAAGGGAUGCACGUGCUACGAGGACAUCAGAAAAGUUUUUGACAUCGUCUACCCUACGUUCAGGGAUGCAUGUUAUGUGUUGGGUUUGCUAGAUGACGACAAAGAAUACAUAGAUGCUUAUAUAAGAAGGCUAUUUGCGGUUAUGCUGCUUUCCAAUAGCUUAAGUCGGCCCGAACAUGUUUGGCAAAGUUGUUGGUUGGAUUUGGCUGAUGGUAUUGCUUACAAACAACAACGUCUUCAUAAAAAUCCAGAUUUACAUAUAUCGGAUGAAAGCUUGAAGAACUAUACUCUCACCGAAAUAGAAAAAAUAUUGCAAAGCAAUGAUGAACUGGAUUACGACCGGUUUGAAAUGGGUAGAGAACUUCAACAGUGUCUUGCUUCCAUUACAGAUGAGCAAAGAAAGGUUUAUGAUGUAUUCAUGGAUGCAGUAACCAAUAACAGUGGUGGAAUGUUCUUUCUAUAUGGCCAUGGUGGAACGGGAAAGACGUUUCUAUGGAAAACUCUUCCGGCUGCAGUUCGUUCGAAUGGAGAGAUUGUAAUUAACGUUGCAUCGAGUGGUAUAGCAUCGUUAUUGCUCCCCGGUGGAAGAACAGCUCAUUAUCCAUUCGGACUACCCAUAAAUGUACAUGAGAGUUCCACCUGCAGCAUAUCGCAACAAAGUCCACAGGCAGAGUUGCUCAUAAGGACAAAGCUUAUUAUAUGGGACGAGGCUCCUAUGAUGCAUAGAUACUGUUUUGAAGCCCUUGACAAGACAAGGAAGUCAAUAUUACAGGCUGACAAACCCUUUGGUGGUAAUGUGGUUGUUCUUGGAGGUGAUUUUAGGCAGAUUUUACCAGUUGUGCUCAAAGCAUCAAGGCAGAACAUAGUACAUGCUACGAUAAACUCCUCUCCGCUGUGGAAUUUCUGUCGUGUCAUGAAGUUGACUAAGAACAUGAAAUUGCAGUCAUGUUCUUCUCCAUCUAAUGUGGAUGAGAUAAAAGAAUUUGGAGACUGGAUACUGAAUGUUGGUAAUGAGGAUGUUGGGGAAGACAAUGAUGGUGAAGCUUCGAUAGAGAUUCCAGAUGACAUGUUGAUUGGUGAUUCAUAA